UGAUCAUUUUGACCCUCUACUUUCACUAUAAAUAUCUCGCAAUAAUUGGGGAGUGUCACCUGAAAAAAUGGAAAAGGGCAAGAAUCAUCACUUUGUGCUAGUUCAUGGAGCUUGUCACGGUGCAUGGUGUUGGUAUAAAGUGGUGACAAUUCUUAGAGCUGAAGGUCACAAAGUUAGUGUUCUUGACAUGGCUGCUUCUGGAAUUCAUCCAAAACGUACUGAAGAGCUCAAUUCCAUGGCUGAAUACAACGAACCCUUGAUAGAAUUCUUGGCUAAUUUGCCACAAGAAGAAAGAGUUGUCUUAGUAGGUCAUAGUAUGGGUGGCAUCAACAUAUCGCUUGCGAUGGAAAUGUUCCCUCAGAAGAUUUGUGUUGCUGUUUUUGUCACUGCUUUCAUGCCUGGUCCUAACCUUGACAUUGUUGCCAUUAGCCAACAGUAUAAUCAACAAGUGGAAUCACAUAUGGAUACUGAAUUUGUAUACAGCAACGGACAGGAGAAAGGUCCAACCUCACUCCUCCUUGGCCCUAAAGUUUUAGCAACCAACUUUUAUCAACUGUCCCCUGCUGAGGAUCUUACUCUUGCAACUUAUUUGGUGAGACCAGUACCAUUGUUUGACGAGUCAAGCUUACUGAAGGACUCCACAUUCACAAAUGAGAAAUAUGGUUCGGUUCGUCGUGUUUACGUUGUAUGCGACAAGGAUAACGUGCUUAAGGAAGAACAACUACAAAGGUGGUUGAUCAAGAAUAAUCCACCGGAUGAUGUUGAGUUUAUUCAUGAUGCAGAUCACAUGGUGAUGUUCUCCAAACCUCGGGAGUUAUGUUCUUGUCUGCUUAUGAUUUCACGAAAAUAUCAUUGAUUUUUUUGCCUUCCCACUAUUGGACGGGAAACAUGAGGAAUAUUAAAAAAAAAAAUAAAAAAAGAGGGAAUAGAUUGUCCUUUGUUUUUAAGGCAUGUAUUUGUUUAUGUAUGUAUCGUGGUUAAAAACUGUACAAUCAGCAAUUAAGUAUAUUUUUUCCCCAAUUUAUA